GCGUCGGAGGAGCAAGCGUGGUGCAGUGCCGCGCCCGGUGUGCGUCGCUGAAAUGUGUCCGGCUGCCCGCGGCGGGACCAAGGGCAGGCGGGGCGGCGCCUGCGGCAGUAGUGGUGUGCGCUUCGGAGCGAUCCCUGGCAGCCGCGCCUGACGACGCGAGCCAUUCGAUGCUUACACCGGGGGCCAGGAGGCGCUGGCGCGUCGCUAGGGUGCUGCUGCUGCGAGACGGGGCGGCGGGGAGAGCAUGGGGCCGGCAGACCUGGUGCAGAAGAUCAGUAUUAGCGCCGAGAGCCCCCGGGGGAGCGAGAGGAACGACGCCGGCGCCGCGCUGGCGGGCGCGGAGAGGGUCCCCCCUGGUACUUGGAGGCAGAAGUGUGCGGCCUAUGUGCUGGCCCUCAGGCCUUGGAGUUUCAGUGCCUCCCUCACCCCUGUGGCCCUCGGCAGCGCUCUGGCGUACCGGGCUGAGGGAGCUCUAGACCCAGGGCUGUUGGUGGGAAGCGCCGUGACCGUCCUGGCUGUGCACGGAGCCGGCAACUUGGUGAACACCUACUACGACUUCUCCAAAGGCAUCGAUCACAAGAAGAGUGAUGACAGGACUUUGGUGGACCAGAUUUUGGAGCCGCAGGAUGUAGUCCGGUUUGGAGUCUUCCUUUAUACCGUGGGCUGUAUCUGUGCGGCUGGGCUCUACGCUGUCUCAACGCUCAAGCUGGAGCACCUGGCCCUGAUAUACUUUGGAGGACUUUCCAGCUCCUUCCUUUAUACUGGAGGAAUUGGAUUUAAAUAUGUUGCACUUGGAGACGUGGUGAUCCUGAUCACCUUUGGGCCCCUGGCUGUCAUGUUUGCUCAUGCUGUGCAGGUUGGUUAUCUGUCUGUCUCACCACUGCUCUACGCUAUCCCACUAGCCCUCAGUACUGAGGCCAUCCUGCACAGCAACAACACACGAGACAUGGAGUCUGACCGGCAGGCGGGUAUUGUCACCUUGGCUAUCCUCAUCGGCCCUGCGUUCUCCUAUAUUCUCUACACCGUGCUGCUCUUCUUGCCCUACCUGAUUUUCUGUGUGCUGGCCACACGCUAUACCAUCAGCAUGGCAUUGCCGCUACUCACCAUCCCGAUGGCAUUUUCACUGGAGAGGCAGUUUCGCAGUCAGAGCUUCAACAAAAUUCCUCAGCGGACAGCCAAACUCAAUCUCCUCUUGGGGCUUUUCUAUGUUUUUGGUAUUACGCUAGCACCAGCUGGUGCUCUGCCCAAACUGUAACAACAGCUGUAUAGUCAGGCCUCACAAUUCAGUAUUAAUGCCGAUUAACAGUGGAUGAUGUGAGUAGAUGACCUGUUAUGGACAGUGGGAAGAAUGGAGAGACCAUCUUGAACUGUUGAUUGGCUGUGAAUUUUAUAAUUUCUGGUCUUGGUUAGUUUGUACAACAAACUUCAAGAAAGUCAUUUGUUGGUUCUUUGGAAGGGGUGAACUGUGCAGUUUUGCUUCAGGGGAGCAAGGCAAUCUGAGGAGAAGGAAACAUCAACUCAAUGAAAGUAAGAUUGAGCCUCAAAUACAAACUCUCUGUUCCCUUCACAAGCACAGUGGUUGCUUUUAUGACUCCUUUCCUUACCAUGGUUGAGGAGUCCUGUGGCUCCUGUGUGGUAAACAGAAAACACUGCCAAAUGUUUAGCUUCACAACGAUGUAGGUGCUAUUACUUCACUCCCUUGUGAACAUAGUUCAUCUUCAUCUGUUGUAUGUUUUAAGCUUUGUUGGGUUUUUUUUUCCUAGCCAAAUUUUGAGCUUUUAUUUCCAAGCCCCCUGAAAUGUGCUAGAUACUAAUCAUUAACUGUUACUUCUCCUUGGCCCUUAGAGUCUAGAAAUUUCAAAGUUAUGUAUCUCUGUGGGAUGUUGGUGCUUAGUUGGAACACAAAUUGCCCACUGCACAGACUUUAAGACAAAACCAGUAAAUUUGUAUUCCGCUACGAAAGCUGAAGCCGUAAACGCAAAUCAUGCAACUGAAAAGCCCUCAAUGCAUAGAAAAACAAGUGGUUUCCAUCUUUGCAUUUGCUCUCUGAAAUGAUAGUCUUGGAGUUAAGGGGGAGCUGACAGACAGAGUGCCAGAUUUCUUUGGCUGGGUAUGGAUUAAUGGAUACAUGAGUGGAAGAACAAAUUCUUAGUUUAAAAAUAAUAUAUUUUUUUCAAUUGUUGUUCUCUGUUUAUUUAGAGGCCCGGAGUAUUACAGUCAAAUAGCUUAUUAUAAGAAGCCCAAAAAGAAGCUCAGUUGAGCAAAGGAGAAAGAUACAGGGUUAGAAAAAAGAAAUCAGGAUUAUUGCAUUGGGUCUGCAUAAAACUUAGGACUGGAAACAGGAAGAAACCAUUUUUGUUAAAAAGAUUUUUCCUAAUAGAGUUGAGAGUUUGUGUGACUGAAUCACAUUUAAAUAUUGUUAGCUCUGAAGUGAAGUUCACCCUCUUUUUCCCCUCCUACACCUUACAGUGUUGUUUUGUUUUCUCCUGCUGAUCUUGCCACUUGAUAUUCAUGUGGUCAUUUGGAGAAAUGAUUGUUUCAGCAAUUAUGUAGCAGUGUGAAAAACAUGCCAAACACAACUGGGGAAAAGUGACUUCCAGUGCAAAGAUGAAUUUGAUUCACACCAUGCUGCUCAGUGGCAACUGAAUUCUGUGUUGAAGGAAAAGUAUUCAUUUCCUGUAUGCAGGGUUUUGGUGUAAGUUUGCUUACAGGAAUUGUGGAAAGCUUCAGAGAAAUUGAUAUAGGUGUUGAACUAGAGCUGCUGGUGCCUAGAGCACAACCUUGCUUUUGAACCAAGUGGGAGUGUGCUAACCACUAUAUGAAGGGCUUUUAAACACAAGCAAUAAACGCAAUACACUAGCAUGGUGUUAUCCUGCAUCUGUCAUAGGUAAGUUACAUUCUUGUGUUGUUCAUCUGAAAGUGCUGAGUGUUAAAUUAGUGGAGUGUACUGACAGUAGUAAAGCUGAGUUGAAAAUACAAGAUUACAUGGUAUAAAUACUUAAGUGACUGUUUUUACGGCUUCAUGGUAUCCAGUGUUACCCAGCUGUUGGUCUCCUGCUUUACAGCUGAACUGUAGUCAACAGGAAGGAUUCUUUGCAGGCAUAUUUUAUGAACCACAGUUUCAUCUUUUAUUAAAAUUGGGCAAGUGAUCUCUCUAAUCUGACUAGGCACAAGACAAGAGGAGAUGGACUUCAGCAACCGUGUGCUACUUUCUACAGCAAAAUAUUUGAUUAGAUUAGAAACAUGAUGAGAAAAUGCAAAAGUUCAUCUCAGCUGGAUGGAGGGAGACUAUCUAGGUUUUGGAAACUGUUUUCAAUACAAACAUACACAACACAGUAUCUACUGUUACUUCUCUGUGGACCUACAGAAGAAAGAAGAGCCUGGCUCCGAGACCCACUUCACCCUUCUGCAAACCAAAAGCUUUUCUUGGGAUAUGGACUGAGCUGAUGACUCUGUUAACCUUGCAAUUGGGGAUACGUGGCUUUAUUAGGUUAACCCAGCAUGGCUUUGUUGCUACCCUUUGUAGCAGCUACGUGCUUUAUUUUAUGAUAGCCUGGUUUUGUGUAGCUAUCAGUUUAAAAGAAUGGAUAAUUAUCUUUUUCUACUCCUUUUACAUAAACUACAGUACUCAAGCUAAAUUCCAUAAAGUAACAAAUACUCAAAUACUUGGCUCAUAUCUUUGAUAGCUGUAAUUUUAACAGUGGAAAGAUCUAGGAUAUGGUCAUUGGUGGAGUAGUGUAUGUAACUCUAGUUGUAUCUAGGCUACCCUUUACUGGCAGGGAAAAGCCCCAUUCUAGGAAGUCUGCUUGCUGCUGUAAAAGACCAGUGCUUUUUGUUACAGAGAUGAAGGAAGAGCUCACUAGUAUAUGUAUAUGUUUGUGGAACGCUUUUCAAGGUGUGAGGGAUUCAAAGCAUUUUGAUAGUAAGAAUGAGAUGAAAAUUCAGUAAUUCCUUACAAGCAGACGCUGGUUGCCUUCAGUUCCCUGUCUAUGAAAAACAGUAUCAUUCCAGGUUCUUAAGGAUAUCAUUGAUAAACAACUCAUUCUUUACCAUGGCUUUAAGGAAGUCAUUUAACUUCUCUUUGCCUCAGAAAAAACAGCUAAUUUUUGCCUACCUCACAGGGAUGCUGAGCCGACAUCAUUGUCAUAGAGAGCUUUGAAAGUCAAAAGUGCUUUAUCUCUGUGUGCUUUCUAAAAAGCAUGUUAGUACUAGAAAGCAUUUUACAUAUGAACUAACAGGUGACUUAACCAACAUAAGUAGACCAAAAUAAUCUUCACAUAGACAUUGAGUGGUAAGGGAGGUUUCUUUAUUGGUUUGUUUUGUGAUGAAGAUGCUAGGUCUCUUUCCCUACCCCUCUCCUUCCUGUCCCAUGCUACUUCCCUUAAAUAUAAACUUUUAAAACUACUUUCAGGUCUCUCUUGAUGAGUUCUGUUGCAAUAUGAUGAGUCUACACUGUUAGAUGAACGGAUCUGUAGCCCAUCUGUUAAUGUGUCAUAAAGCACCUCCUGGCCUUUCUUAUACAAUAAAGUGUCUGAAUGUUAUUCUGUUAAUUAUGCUGUUUGGUUAUUUUAUAUCACUCCAGUUGUAUUUUUGCACAUAUAUUAGAGCAUCUUCCUGGAAGGAGGAGGGUCUUUGUCUGCCAUGUUUAUAGUAUAAGUGCAUGAAAGAGCACUCUUUUUUGGUUAUAGUCCUUUUAUGAAUCCCAUAGUCCUGUACUUCCAUUGCGUAAAAAGUUCAGUAGCAGUGAUCAUCUCAUAUUAAUGGCAGACUUCAGAGUAGUUUCAGUAUUUUCAUCAAUGAACAGAAUUUUCUUUCAUGCAGUUUUCUGUGCCAUGUACUGUUCAGCAUUUGUAAGGAGGUUUCAGCUGAACUUUUAAUAUUUUUAAUAAAGAUGGAGUUUUUCAUCCUCACCUGUGUGGUCUGCCAUUCUUCCAGUGCCAUGGUCUCUGCUCCUGACUUGUGAUUUUACUUGCUUCAUAGGCCUGUGACAGCAUAACACCUCCACGGUGUGUGUUGUAGAUGAGCCUAAAGCAUGGUUUGAAAUUUUCCUGUUUUGGCCACUGGUACAAUCUACUGUAUAAAUGCAUGUACAAUUAGCUUAAGGAGACCUAAGAAGUCCUGUUUGUCUUACACGCUUUCUGGCUUUUUUUUUCAUAUGUGAUUAAAGUGGUUUGAACAGUC